UGCAAGAUACAUGGCAAGUGCCCUUAAAUGCAAUCCCGUCCUCGAACAUCCGCUUCCGUCCAUGCUGUGGAGCUGGUAGUUUAAGACUCACGGCCAUGCCGAAGUCGGUGUUGGUGGUCUGCCACCCGCCGUCAGAAAUUCAUUCCCGGGAGGAAGGAGAGAGAAUAAUGCGACGGGAGAAAUGCGGUGCUUAAGUCAGAUUUAAUAGCAAAAGGAUAUGUUGCAACUAACCACCUUCAAAUUUCAUAAUGUCUGCUGUUCUGAAGCGGUUGUAUUACAUUGGAUUCCAUGUCCCUCAGGGUCAACAGCUGGCCAAUCAUCUGGUGCAGAAGUUUGGCUUUGAGCUCUUUGCUACACGGGAAGCGGAGUGGAAGAGGCAGCAGGCUUUCCGAAGAGGAGAUGCUGUUUUUGUUGUCAAUGAAAAGCGGGAGCCAACAGGGAGAAAAUUUUUGCCUUCAGACUACUCCAAGCAUAAAGGGAUUCUGUAUGAUGUGAACCUGCAGUACAGAGUUAGUACAGCUUCCAAUAUUUGCUUUGAGGUAGAGGAUGUCCCUGGCAUCUCCCAAAAUCUACUGGAGAAAGGCUGUGAGAUCCUUAUCCCUCCAACUACUGAAGCAGAUGAAAAUGGCUUUGUUACUUUCUCGGUAGUGAGAUCCAUUGUUGGCAAUGUCAGCCAUACUCUUCUUGACCGAUCCCAGUAUUGUGGGCCAUUCUUGCCUGGUUUCUGUGAAGUUGCCCCCAAGAAAUUCCAGAAGGAGAGGGAGACGACACAUUUUGACCACAUCACGUAUGCCUGUCCCCAAGGUAGUUCACAAGCUGUGCUGGACUGGUACAGAAACUGUUUCAGUUUCCAGCGCUUCUUCAUCCACCAGCAAGAUGAUGCUGUAGAAGGCUAUCGAAUUCAAGGGGCAGAGGUGGGCCUUCGUCUUACUGCCAUGCAGUACAUUGAUCAUGGCUUGUCACUGUUUGAGCAUGAUUGUAAAUUUGUUCUGGCUGAGUCACUGCCAAAGCAAAAGAGGAACCAGGUGGACACUUUCUUACAGGAGCAUGAUGGAGCUGGUAUCCAGCAUGUGGCCCUUUAUACCACAGACAUUGUAGGUACUGCUGCAGCCAUGGCAAAGUCAGGAGUAAACUUUUUCAAACCACCAUUAUCAUAUUACAGUGAGAAAAGCAAAGAAGAGGAGAUAGAGCAAGUUGGGCAAGAUCUUCAGCUCCUGAAAGACUAUGGAAUCCUUCUUGAUGCGAAAAUAGGCGACAAAGGACAGACUAGUCCUGGCAUGUUUGAGAAGCAAUACCUGAUGCAGAUCUUCACUAAACCGCUUUUUACAGAAGAAACUUUCUUCAUAGAGCUCAUUGAGCGAUGUGGGGCUACAAGUUUUGGUGAGGGAAACAUCCGUGCUCUUUGGAAGUCUGUACAGAAUUAUAUGGAUCAGCAGUAAAGACCCACUCUACUUCCUUAAGAAUGAAGCAUGACAAAAUGUACAUUAUAACUAAAUGAUAUAGGUGCUACUUCAAAUCUGUUCACACAGUAUUAAGCCCAUGUGACUGAUCUGGUUCAAGAUGUACUUUCAAAAUUGACUUUGCACUGCCAAUGCUGGCUUGGAUUAAAAAGUAUCCAAGUGAUGUGGAAGCCAUCUAAUUAGAAUGUCUGAUGAGAAUUGAAACCUGACCAUAUUUGUGACAGCAACCACACCUGAAAGCAUGCAGGUUUUUGCCUUGCUAGCUGAACUACUGUACUAGUAAUUGAUUUUUCUUUAAUGAAACACAAAAGCCUGAGGGUAUGGCUGAUAUAUCUUCUUUAGAGAGAGAGAAAUGCUCUCUAUAUUAGAAUAAGUUACCGUUAUCUGCAAAACACCCACAUUCUUUGGGGACCAGGGAGGGCAAAUCUGAAAAGAUGCAUGAUUCCUGUUGCUUAGCUACAGUACACUAAGUGAAGCAAGUUACCAAGCCAGGUAACGAAACGUCUGAAUGAAAACAACCAAGCUCUGAGGACACCAAGAAUCCAAGAGCAAACUCCUGAGCUACAUAUUCUCUACUAUUGGAAGAAAAUUAGUUCUCCCUGUUUUUACCUACUUGCACUCCACCAAAGUUGAUGUUAACUGGACAAACAGGAGGCAGGGGCAUUUGUUAGCCAUUCCCACUUGAAUCACGGCAGCUUCUAAUUACCAGAGCAAGAAACCAGAGAGAAUCUUUUGGUUGCAUGGAUCCAAGCAGCUAUACAGAUGGAAUGUAGCUGUUAGGCUAUGUGAAAGUUUACACCCCUAUAAAGUGGAAAGAACCAGACUUAAUCUUUAUUCAAUAUGAAGAAGAGUAAAUAAAUGUUGUGAUUCUCAAAACAUAUUGCUAAUACAUAUCUUAAGAUACGUUCAAAAUUUGGCCUGUAGAAGGGCCUUUUCUUGAGUGUCCAUUGAAUGUGAAGAGAUUCACUCAAUUCGUCUCUUUAGAUGUUACUGAAAAGUAUUCAUGUUUUAAUUUAUUUAGUAGUUAUUUCUAUUCAUGAAGCAUCGCAUCCACUUGCUGUUAUUGAACGCUACAGCUAGAAUGGUGGUGGUGAAGUGGCAACUGCUCUUCCUGCACAUUCUCCUGCUCACAAAUAUCUACCAUAGCUGUUUCUUGUCCAAGUAUGGUUUUAUUUGUUGGACGCUUCUUGAAUAUAUUGCCUUGAGUAGCACAAUCAUGCUUCUCCUUGCUAGAACAAGUGAGACAAAUCACCUUAAAACACAGAAAAGGGCUUAUCUUAAUUUGCAUGUGAACACAAAAAAGGCUUUCACAAAUUUUAGCCAGCCUUUUCAAACAUGUAUGUGAACAGUUGGCAUUUAGGUGGUUAAACUUUUCUUCGUCUUCAAAAAUACCUUCUAUGUACCCCAAGGCUUGCUGAAUAGUAGCUGUGCUCAUGAGAUGUAAUGUAAGCAUUCUUAGAUGUAUUGCUCUUUUAGCACUGGAUAUGUUAGUUCAAAAGAACAACUUUUUAGUGAACAUUCUCAAUUGCUAUAACUAUGGUAACCUUGAAUCUAGAACAUAUUUUCAAGCUAAAUACUUUAUCCUCUUUCAAUUUAAAUUUAUAAUAUAUUACAAAUUGACUUGAAUUCAUUGGAAAUCAUUGCACAUAAAGUUCAUCUUUCCAAA